GUCCAGGCGUUAUUACCUAAAUGAAGAAAAUUUAAAAACUUUUUUUUGCAUUGAAACAACCUUACAACAAAUAAAACUAUAGACAGAUUUUGAUUUGUGUUUUCACGUGGCUUUGUCAUUGAAAAAAAUGGUCAAGCAAUUGAUUUGUGCGGUUAUUAAUGACAAUUCCUAUUUGCAAAAAUAGUAAGAGCUUCUCUGAAAUACACGAUGAGAUUUUAUGCUCUCUUUGUUUCUUUUUGAUCUCUUUCUAAUUUUAGUUAAGAAAAAAAAAUAGGGACUUAAUGAACUGAUGCAUAGAGCAGGGCCUGGAGAAAUAAAUUUAUGAAGAAAUAAAAAGUCAGAUGCAAAUUAUUCAUACAUAAGUGUUUGAAAUUAACAAGCUGUAAAACAAAAAAAUUACAAUAUUAAUAAAAAUUAAGCAAUUAAUAAUAAAUAUAAUUAUUUAAUGUCUGAAAGAAUUACACCAAAUAUACAUAUUUCCCAUAAUUGAUUUAUUUUUACUUAUUUUUUUAUCUGUUUUAAGAUAUUUGUGUGUAAAUGCAGUAAUAAAGCAAAAGAUAGUCAUACACUACCGGUCAAAAGUUUAGACACACUUAGGCUAUUGUUUAUAUUUAUUCCCCCCCCCCACAUAUUAAAAUAAUAAUAAAGUCAUCAAAACUUUGGAGUAACACAAAGGGAACUAUGGGAAGUAUGUUGUGAUUUAAAAAAAAAAAAAAAUCCAAAAUAAAUCAAAAUAAUUUAAUAUUUUAUCAUCUUCAAAGUAGACACGCUUUUCGCCUAGAAUUUCCAGAAAUGUAUUCUUGGCGUUUUCUCGUCUGAUUUCUUGAGGAAUUUCCUUGAGAUGGUUUUUAAACAGUAUUAAAGGAGUUCCCACCUAAGCUGGACACUUAUUGGCUGCUUUGCGGAAUAUUUCGCUCCGAGUCGUCCGUUUAAAACAAUAUUUUUUUGUAAAUAAAAUGUUAGUUUUCAAAUGAAAGAAAUGAAUACAUUGGCAUGAUUAUAUUUUGGUCUACGACACCGAUUUCAAACAUUUAAUCACACACCUUCAGAUCAAAAGCUUUUUAAGAUCAUGGAAACGUUUCAGUCGAGUGUCCACAAACUUUUUGACCGGUAGUGUAUAUCUUAUAUUGAAGUUAAAUCAUUUUUGAUCAUGUUGCUCUGUAAUACUUUUUUUUUAAACCAAAUAUUUAUACAAUAUUUGUAAUUUAUAUCAUUUAUAUAUUUACAAUUGAAUUUAUAAUUGGAUUGUUUUUAUCCAAUUGUUUUCCUGAUGCCACGUCAUUAUGUAUAAUCAUGUCUUUGUAUAGUUGAUUGUUCGCUGAUGCACUAUUGUGGUCACGUGAUUGCCUCGCCCACUACCUGUAUCCUUUUUAAAAGCAUGCUGCAUUUCAAAUUCACUGUCAGUGCAGAGAGUGAGUACUGUUAGUAUCCAGCGUGGUGAGCUUGGUGCAACAUUUUUGGGGAAACACAUUGUGAGGAAAGGUAGUGUUGACUUCUUGUACACUCAUUUAAUUUAUAUUCUUCUCUUCCUAAGAAUGGAGGAUUUUCUAUCUUAAAUUAGACUCUUUUUUUUCCCCCUAUUACAGAUGCCCAGGAUGAGACAAGUUCGCCAGCGGUUGAAUUUCAGUGCCCUCGAUGAGGAGAGCGGCUGCAGAGGAACCGAAGACGAGCUGAGAUUUUUGCCAUGCCACACAACGUGUGAAGAGUUUCUCAGGAGCAGUCCUGAAUGUUCAGAAUAUGAAAGGAACCUAGAUGAAGACUUUCAGAGCUCGGUACAAUCUCUUCCACUGUCCCCUGCUUACCCAAGACACGUGGAGACUCUGACAAGUUCAUCAGAUAUCUCACACAGGGACACGUCUCCAUCACUGCAGUGUCUCACCUCCAUCAGAACAUCUUACAGUUCGAAAAGAGAUCAGUCGGUGCAGAAGAAAGAAAGCCUUCAUUCAUCCAUCACUCCAAAAUCCGAGCUAAAGAGACAGGGGAUUAAUAUAAACCCGUUCACUCCAGAUUCGCUUCUCAUCCAGACUGUGAGCGCAAAGAGAAACCACGCCGGAGUCCAUCAGAAAGACUCAUGCGAGGACAUUGAAGAGGAAUUCAUUCCUCUAUUAAAGAGAAAGAGCAUUGUGGUGCGUCCGACAUCUCGCUAUAGAUCGGAAUUCUACGAAUUGGAGAAAAUCGGCUCUGGAGAGUUUGGGGCUGUUUUCAAGUGUGUGAAAAGACUUGACGGGUGCAUCUACGCCAUCAAGCGCUCCAAGAGCCCAUUAGCGGGUUCUGUGGAUGAACAAAACGCUUUACGUGAGGUAUACGCCCAUGCCGUCUUGGGACAGCACCCCCAUGUGGUGAGGUAUUACUCUGCAUGGUCGGAAGAUGAACACAUGCUGAUCCAGAAUGAGUACUGCGACGGCGGAACGCUCGAACAGCUCAUCACGGAGAACCGGAGAACGCAGAAGUUCCUCUCUGAAGCUCGGCUGAAGGAUUUGCUCCUGCAGGUGUCCCGGGGUUUGAAGUACAUCCACUCUGCUUCUCUCGCUCAUAUGGACAUCAAACCAAGUAAUAUAUUUUUAUCGAGGAGAGCGGCUGUUCAUAAUGCAGAUGUCCAUGGAUCAGGUGCAGAUGUCGUGUACAAAAUAGGAGAUCUUAGUCAUGUGACUCAUGUGAACAGACCAAGAGUGGACGACAGAUCCAGCAGAUUUUUAGCCAAUGAGAUCCUGCAAGAGGACUACAGGAAUCUACCUAAAGCAGAUGUUUUCGCACUGGCGCUCACAGUGCUAACUGCCUGUGGGGCAAAAGCACUCCUGAGGAAUGGGGAAAUGUGGCACGCAAUACUCAGAGGGAAACUUCCAACUGCAGCUCGGGUGCUGUCGGAAGAAUUUCAACAACUUCUUAAGCUCAUGAUUCAUCCGGACCCCCUGAGCAGACCUUCGUCCUCAGCCCUGAGUAAACACGCCAUCCUCCAGCCUGCCUCCAAACUGAGUGCUGACAGCCUGCGCGAGCAGCUUCAUGCACAGAAGUUCAGAAACGCACUGCUACUGAAAGAGCUGAAAGAGAUCCAGUCGUCCACAGCAGCUGCAGAACUGAGCGUCUCUUACAGCACCGUGACCUGCUAUAGUGGAAACAAGUACGACACAUCGUCCAGGCUGCUCGGGAAAAAGAUCAGCCGCUCAGUUAGUUUAACCAUGUUCUGAUCCGGACCGUUUUAUUUUUGGAAAAAAACAUACAUUUGGACCCUUCAAGUUGUAAAAAGUAAAUGAUAUGUCAGUAUACAUGAAAUUUAUGGAAAUAUGUUCAUAAUUGUAUUGCUACACCAUAUGGCCAAAAAUUUGUGGACACCUGACUUUUAAACUCGUAUGAGCUUUGUUGAACGUCCCAUUCCAGAUUUAGUCCUCCUUUGCUGUUAUAAUAAGCUCCACUCUUCUGAGAAGGCUUUCCACUAUAUUUUGGAGCGUGGUUGUGGGGAUUUGUGUUCAUUCAGCCACAAGAGCGUUAGUGAGAUCAGGUAUUGAUGUUGGGACGUCGAGGAGGCCCUGUUUCAUUUCAUCCCAAAGGUGUUCAGUCUGGUUGAAGUCAGGGCUCUGUGCAGGACACUCCGAUUCUUCCAGUCCAACCUUAACACACCAUGUCCUCAUGUAGCUCCUCGCUUUGUGCACAGGGGGUGUCGUCAUGCUGGAACAGAUUUGGGCCUGCCUCUUAACCUGCUGCAUACAGAGACAUGGUACACUUUUUGUGGCACACGUUUGGGGAAGACCCAUAUACAGUAUGGGUGUGAUGGUCAGGUGUCCACAUACUUUUGGCCAUAUAGAUGAUAUAUUCUUAGAUAUAUGGUUAAAAUAUAUGCGAGUUAUCUAUAUUAUGUUACAGAUUUUAAAUGUAUGAGUUUCCUGUAUUACAGAUUUAAACUGAUGUGAUUUUCAUAGUGUGAUGAAGAAGCACUUGAACAAAGAAAUUGUUGCGCAACCUGCUGCUGAGUUAUUAUUAUUAUUUUGUAAAAUUUGCACAGCCUGUCGAUAGACACUCCUACAGUGCAACGGUAAUUUUAUCUGUGCAUAAUUUCUGCAUAUUUUGAUUAACAGUUACAGUAUAGUUUCACUGUACUGUAAUUUCACAUAAUAAUGGUCAGCUUGCACACUUCAGCACCUGUUUAUCCGUUACCUUUCGAACCCCUGAGGUUGCUUUACAAAGUAUGCAAAAGAAAGUAACACCAAUUAAAAUUUACGCUCACCGUCCACUUUAUUAGGAACACCUACACAUUUAAUCAGGCAAUCAUGUUGCAGCAGUGCAAUGCAUAAAAUCAUGCAGACACAUGUUCACAUCAAACAUCAAUACAGGAGGGAAAAUAUGUGAUCUCUGUAACUUGGCAUGCCAAACGUGGCAUGGUUGUUGGUGGCAGUUUGGCUGGUUCCGGUAUUUCCGAAACUGCAUAUCUCUUUGGAAUUUCACACACAACAGUCUCCUGUAUCUGCAUGAUGUUGUCGUUUGCAUUGCACUGCUGUCACAUGAUUAGAUAAGUGCAUUUAUGAGCAGGUGUUCCUAAUAAAGUGGACAGUGAGUGUAUAUGGAGAUACUGUGCACAGGAUGAGUGGGGAAAAAAUAGGGAAACCUUAACAGAUGUCUAUUACUGUACAAGAGACAGAGAGUGUACCUGAAAGAUCUUAUACAAUAAAGUCAUUCCACUGU